AUGCAGACCACGCAGCCAGUGAGCCUCCAAUCGCAGCGUCUCCAGGGCAUCUACAUCCUGGACAACAGCGACAGCUCUGGGAUCCCCCACAGUGCCGGCAGUUCGGCAAGCAAUUCUCCCGAUCACUAUGAACGUUUCUCACCACCGACCCAUUUGAUGGACCUCAGCAGCCCACCUGAGCACAGAGACCUGCCAGGUUACCAGCCCCAUCACCACCAUCAGAUGGUCUACCAGCCACCUGGCUACCUGAUGUACGAUAACCAGGAUGAUGACAAGAGGUACCAGGAGCACACUAAUGGAAAGAUUCUGAGGGACCUCCAGGCGGAAGUGUCCGAAUACGAUCGACGUAUGCACGACAAUUCACCUGGUUUCCUGUCUGAUCACAGUAGAGAUCACGAGCAGAGCCUCUACCUGACGCCAUCGCCUCAGAUGUACUCGUCCGGCGGCGAGGAGAUCGUCCCGCCCAGACAUCAAACUCACGGGUACCAUCACGUGGAGCCAGUAGAGUACAAACCGGAUGUGGUCGAGUACAAACCAGAGAUCGAGCAGCACAGGUACAAACAGGUGGACAUGGUACAGAUGACAGAACCGUCGUCCUCCACCAAGAGCUACCCAAUCGAGGGGUCCAGGGCUAAUGGCAAGAGGAAACGGAAGUCUAGCUGCGGCGAGAACGAGUCCGAGGGCGAGAGCACAGCUUCCUCCACGAAGUCGAAAGUGAGGAGGAAAAGCGGGGCCACCUUCGAGGAGAUUCAGAAUCAGAGGGUGAUGGCCAACGUCAGGGAGAGACAGAGGACGCAGAGCCUGAAUGAGGCGUUUGCUGCGCUGAGGAAAAUCAUACCGACGUUGCCUAGUGAUAAACUGAGCAAGAUACAGACCUUGAAACUGGCCACCAGGUAUAUCGACUUCCUGUUCCAAGUCCUGCACUGCAAUAUGGAGAACACCGACGGCGCUGAGGAGUCUGGUGACAGAGCACCAAGGGGCGCAGUGCUGGCAGCAAGAGAAAUAACGUCGUCGUCGUGCAGCUACAUGGCCCACGAGAAACUGUCCUACGCGUUCAGCGUGUGGAGGAUGGAAGACGACUGGAACUCGAAUCUCUGA